AUGAAGGGAAUUUUUUACUUUUUUAUAUUGGCUUGCGUCGCUUCUGCUUGCUCAACCUUUACUCACCCAGGGCUUCUUCACACCUCUGAAGACUUUGAUCGCAUCCGGGAGAAAGUUAACGAGGGGGCCGAGCCGUGGAUGGAGGGUUGGAACAAACUUGUCGACAGUCCGUAUUCCGAUCCUUCCUACAAACCGAACCCAGCGUCUAUCAUCUACCGAGGUUACGACGGCACCCACGCCGAGAAUUAUGCCCAGUUAUACCAGGAUGUUGCAGCGGCCUAUGUGCUUGCCAUUCGGUGGUCUGUGAUGAAAAACAGUACCUACGCAGACGCUGCUGUCGGCAUCCUUGAUGCAUGGUCUGUGAACCUUACUGAGAUCAGUGGCACCGCGGAUUUGUAUCUUGUGGUCGGAAUUUACGGCUACGAAUUUUGUCAGGCUGCUGAAAUCAUGCGCACUUAUACCGAAUGGAAGAAUUUCAACCGCUUCGUCGGAAUGAUGCAGCGCGUCUUUUACCCAGCAAUUAAUCAAUGGUUUGUGGAUCAUGAAAAUUGGGGCUCCUGGGGUGGAGCUGUGUACCCUGGGUGGGAUUUAUCCCAGAUCGCUGCCGCAGUUUCGAUUGGAGUUCUCACCGAUAAUGAAACAAUAUACCAACAAGGCGUGAACUGGUUUCUUAAUGGAACUGGAAAUGGACAGAUAAACAAUGCAGUUCCCUACACUUAUUGGUACGACAAUCAAGUCCUGGGUCAGCCAAUGGAGACUGGUCGUGAUCAAGGUCAUACCAUGCUGGAUAUUGCACUCUUCGCCGCGAUAGGUCAAAUGACCUACAACCAGGGGAAUGAUCUAUUCGCUCACAAUGAUAGCAUCAUUUUGUCUGCGUAUGUCUUCCGUUCUGACUUCAUUGCCAGUUGUGAUCCACUCCUAUGUUCCUCCGUACUCACAAAUCCUUUUAGCGCUGAAUACGAAGCCAGAUACAAUCUCGGCUAUGAUGUUCCCUACAAGGCAUACGGCAACGUGUAUUUAGGUUUACCAGUCAUCAGCAACUCCAGUCGCGGUAACAUCCGUCCAACUUGGGAAUUGCUUUACAAUCACUAUGGGGUCCUCAAAGGCCUGAACACCACAUGGACGAAGAAAUAUAGAGACAUGGUUGUGGCGAAUGGAGGAGGAUCUGAAGGAGGCUCUGGGAACUAUGGGUCUGAUAGUGGUGGUUACGACCAGCUAGGAUGGGGAACUCUGCUCUAUACCCUCGAGGGAUAA